AUGGAGGCCGCAACCUUGGUUCAGGAGGUCCGCUCGUCCUCGCCCACGCCGGAGAGCUUGCGGCAGCGACAGCGAGACCGUCUCUCACCGCGAGGACGAUUCGCAAAGUCUCCCCGCAUCGCGACGACAGUCCGCGAUAUGGAAGGUUCCCGACCCCUUAUGAAUGGCGUCACGCUCUGGCCCGCGCCGCGAUCGAAGACGGUGACCAGCCGCUCCCCAGAACAGGUCCGGAAGAGGCAAUUGCAGAAUGGAUUGCGCAAGGAGAAUAGCGUGGAUCGUCGCGCGCGGAGGGAUCUAGAGGAGGCUAAGGCUCAGGAUAUCAGCAUCACUCCCGAUGGUGGCUCAGCAGGACGAGAAGGCAGGCAGUUUACCGUUGCAAAGGUUGGGAAUAAUGGCAGGAUAUACUUACGCCCUACUAUCCGCCCUGCAAACCAGCGGUAUCAGCAACCUUCAUUCGUUUUCCCUAUUACGCCACCAAGCACCGCAGGCCUUGAUGUGUUGUUAUCGCCUCGGGACGGGGACGAGACGCAGCGUAAUAGUGAAUCCAUUCCCACGCGCUCGCCAGCCUUGCCCGCAACUCCCACCGCCCGCGUUGCGCGAGACUUGAAGUCCCCGCCUAUCCAGACCGCACCGCAACAUAAACCUCCGUCCACGCGACAAGAGCGCGCCCUAUCAUACUCAACCAUCGACGAGAACAGCGUCGUCCUUGACUCAGAUUCAGGAGCAUUCAGAGUGGUCAUAGAGAGGCCUGGCAAUAUGGCAAAAGCCCCGGCGCCUUUUCUUGGUAUUCCAACUUUGGAAGUUCCUAUCCCCUCGUACAAGCUAGGUACCCCUAGAUUCAGUGCCCGAGGAACGGCUAUGCUUCGAAGCUCUUGUCAAACGGCUACAGAUGACCUGCGUUCAAGUGUCUUCUCUUCACAAAGAGAUCCUAACUCACGUCGGCCAACUCGAAUCCUCUCCAGACGCCAUUCAGAUGCUUCUUGGCAACCGCAUUUCGACCGCGUGAUUUCAAAUGCACCAGAACCUUUCGACUUGUCGAUACCACCCUCUGGUGUAGUCCGACAGCGUGGACCGAUCGGCCCUGAGAUGUUUGAUAGUCUUACUUUUAAACCUGCCUGCGAUCACCCCUCACUGGUCCGGUACUCCCUUGGUGGAGGUAUCAGAGCAGCAACGCCGGCACGCAUAGUCGCCGAGAUCACAUCACCAACCUUUGUGGACUACGACCUUCUCUCCGACUUUUUUCUCACAUUCCGCUCCUUCCUGGAUACGAGUGACCUGCUACACAUGCUCAUUGCACGUCUAAAAUGGGCCCUAACACGUGACGACGAAGUUGGAGCCGUGGUCAGGGUCAGAACAUUUGUCGCUAUUCGCCAUUGGAUUUUGAAUUAUUUCUUGGACGACUAUGUUGUGGACUACGAACUACGGAAAUCUUUCUGCGAACUCCUGAAUAAUUUUGAAGGUGACGUCUCUCUCGACGCCGAACGUGCCAAGGUUCCCCGGAAAAUACUUGGGGAGCUGAAGAAAUGCUGGAGAAGAGUCUGCGCCUUGUACUGGGAUGGCCCAGAAUUCGAUACCGACCUUCGUUCUGAUGUCCUCAUUUCUCCGGGAGGAGUAGCUGGAUCCCGGAAUCCAGCCUUAGACCCGAGCUUUUGGGUGAAUGGCCCGCCUCAGAUUGAGGAGGGCGUUAUUGAGCAAGACACUUUUGGAGAACGGGAGUGGUCAAGUGUAGAAGACCACAAGCUCUUUGCUGACGUAUCGCGCCCCGGCCACUUGGGUGAUGCGGCCCGUCCCCAAUAUACGCAAAUCACCCAGCAAGCAGAGUCUCAACCCGAACCGCCCUUGUCGCCCACGAGCAUGGUUAGUGAAGAUUUUGUUUCCUGUUCGUUUCCAUCGCGUGCCCGAAUAAUUGGAACUGCAAACCACCCUGGUGCUCACCCAGUCCCAACGAGCUCUAUCCACGACCAUCCUCCACCCGUUGCUCUAACCCCGAAGGCGCUUACCGGCAAGCGUGUCCGUUCAACCCACGCCCACAAGCGCAGUGGUAGCUUCUCAGACUCCUUCCGAGACAAUCGAACACUUGAGCAACCGGUCCCGAAAGCUAUUUACCAAACUACUGAGCUCUUCGUCAACCUUCCCUACUCUGGGAACCUCGUCCGAGGAAACCUCUUCCCGCCAGGCCAAGCAUUUGUUGAUGCUGUUGCUCCAAGCACCCCCGCAGACGUUAACCACAAGGCCGCACUAUUUUCUUCCGCCACCAGAGCUCAAAAGGGCCCAGGAGCAAUGUCAGGACCGGGCAUGAAAAAGUUGCUGAGUAGCGUCCGCCGUGCCCUAAGCACUAGAACUGGAGGAGCACAAAAUUCGAAUGCGUCCCCCACACAAGGCAGCUUCCCUCAUAUCCCGCCGCUCGGCGUCCGAGGAGCUACGAUGAAUCGGCUUCCUGGAACUGCAGUUGUCCCACAGGCGCGGCCUCGAAAUAUGGGGGGCAAAGCACCUAUGCGCAUCGACCUCUUGGGCGCUGAGAUUGCCGAGGACUUCAAGAAGGCCGUUGAAGAGGAAGCUGAAGCAGAAGCUGCAAAUCAAGGGCUAGGUGAGGCCAGGUCAGAUGAUAGCAGUCAGAACCAUGUCGGCCGUCAAUAUUCUUCGAUGACCUCAGACACGACCCUCGAGCCACUGGUAGCGAAGCCUGACGACCGCACAGCUCUAGUCAGCGGGAUGACCAACGGCAGUAAAUCUAUUGUCAUAGUGGAUGAUACGAUUGCUUCGGGGGAUCCUUCCAUGAAGGCCGUCCUACCAAUGAAUCCAUCCGUAGAUACAUUUGCGGAUGCGUUCCUGCAGCAAUCCGGUGGACCCACACCACCUUCUACACCUCCUGAGGCGCCAUUCGGAACCCCUCGACGGUCAUCUCAUUUAUUAGGACAACAUACUAGAAACCGAUCAGUUUCUCUCGAGGGAAACUCUUUUGUCGAAUCACUGAAUCAACCUAGAGACGAUGAUCAUUUUCGCAGCCCUCGAUCGGUUGGUAUGUCCUCUAUCCAUGCCCAAGGCCAUCCUUUGAGAUCGAAGAAGUCGCUUUCGUUGCGGCGGUAUGCAUCAUACCAUAGUGGAAUUGCACAACUUAGAAGUGAAAAGAGCUUUGAUGCCACCACGUUCUCCGGCUCUGAAGAACCUGAACGUCUCUCACAUCCAGUGGUCCCCCGCCCCCUCCGAGUCCUUCGCAGACGUCCGGGUGGUGAUUUAAGAGCAGUUGUGAAUGUGGGGGACCUCAACUCUCAACCUCUUCGGCGGCCUAUGUCUACCGGGUCAUUGACAACCUACUCAGACUCUGUGCGGAGCUCGUAUGCACUACGGGAGUCCAGUGUUUACGUAGAUGUUAUCUCGGCUGGGCAUGAUCAAGCAGCUCAAAAAUCCCAAACAUUCUCUCUUGGCGCAUUGGCAGAAGCUUCACAGAACCGUCGUGCUUCAUUAGUUAGCACACAUUCAUCUCAACCGAUCAUGAGUCCGUCUUUUGAGAAAGAAGCCCAGCUGCUUGCACAGAUCCCCGACGAUGCUAAUGAUGAUGGAGGCGUUGAAUCUGCUCUCUUGAAACUGGAGGGGAAAUACGAACAGCGCAAUUCUGAUGCAUCUUCAAGAAGCUAUGUUGGCGAUUUUGCCGACCGUGGUGGAAGUUUUGGUGUGCGCCCAUUGGAUGUCAGCCCGCCGUUCCCUAGGGAUGAUGCGGUUAAAGCCGAGAGACGCCGGCAACGACAUGAACAAGUUAUGGACAGCAGCUUACCACAGGCCACCCGUUCGGUGUCGACACAUCGCCCCCAACAGCACUCGAGUGGCGAAGAGCUUAAACCUACUGUUUAUCAGCCUCCAGGAGUCCAGGUUAAUGUAGCCGAAACAUCUCCAAGAUCGGCAGCUUCUUAUAACUCCAUCCCGAUACUUGAAAGAGGACUGUUAGAUCAUGUAAGGGACCCGAGCCCGAGGGCGAUGCGAGAUUGGUCACAGCGUUCCAUACUUCGAGAUCCAAGCGGUGACAGGGUGGGUUCCAAUGACCAUGCUAUUGAAUCAUCGCACGAAAAUUCGUUCGACUUCAUCGAUAUGACAGACAGUCUAAAGGACGUAGCAGGUGGCGACACGGUACCCAAUAACAAGAGCAUCGACGAGUCAUUUUUAAACAGCGAGAGUGAUGAUCGAAGCGAUCUUUCUUCCGAACUAUCAAUAGAAAUGGUUUCACGAACGGAGUACACCGAACGCGAGUCUACAUCGACCCUCACAUUUCCUACUGUCCACCCUGGAACAAUCGUCAAAGAAAUAUCUACUCCAUCGUAUGGUCUUGGCCAUCCUCCCUCGCCACCCAUAACAUUGACCCAGGCAUUACGGCUGUCCCCAACUAUGGGAAAUAUUCAAUGGUCCACCCAAGCUCAGCUUCAACGAGAUCCGAAUAGCCUUCCCCCCACCCCCGAGUUCACACCCACAAUGGAUGGAACUAAUCAAGACUUUACCGUUGAUAGAGGAGCUACACCAUCUAUUGAUCCACUUCGAUCCCACAUUAUAGCCGAGCCUUCAAGAAAGACUUCGAUCCACCUGCCCUUCGUCCUUGCGUUUGACUCGGGAAUACUUGCGCAGCAAUUUACAUUGAUCGAAAAAGAUGCCCUCAAUGAGAUUGACUGGAAGGAUUUAAUUGAGAUGCAUUGGAAGGAUGCAACUAGCGAGCCUCGAUCAUGGGUCGAUUUCCUCCGCACCUCUGAGCCUCGAGGAGUGGAGGUGGUUAUUGCCCGCUUCAACCUCGUGGUGAAAUGGGCUAUAUCGGAGUGUGUCCUAACCGAAAACCUUGAGGAACGUGUCCGAACUAUUAGCAAGUUGAUCCACAUUGCAGCUCAUUGUCGCAAAUAUCGCAAUUUCGCAACUAUGACGCAACUCACUGUGGCUCUCACUUCUGAGGAGCUUGCCCGUCUAACCAAUACCUGGGCUUCUGUCCCAGCUGAUGACAAACAGACGUUGAAGCAAUUAGAGGCACUCGUUUCGCCGACAAGCAACUUCCACAGCAUGCGAGCGGAGAUGGAAGGUUCUGGCGCAGACCAAGGCUGUAUUCCAUUUGUGGGCAUCUACACUCAUGAUCUUCUGACCAAUUCCGAGAGGCCAAGCCAGAUUGCCAGCACACCAACCACAGAACCUCUUGUCAACUUUGAAAGAUGCCGCGCCGAUGCUACUAUUGUCAAGAACCUUCUGAGGCUUCUGGAGGCUAGUCAUCUAUAUAGGUUCCUACCGAUUGAGGGAAUAACCGAAAGAUGUCUCUGGAUGGCCGCUCUUUCCGACGAGGAAAUCAUCAAGUACGGAAGAAUCAUCCAAGCAUAG